UUUAUAUUUGGAUUAUGAGGUCUAUGAACACACGGAUACUACCACAACCAUGAGCAGCAACUCAGUGAUGAUGAUGAGCAGCGUGCAACAAAGGACACCCACAAAAAGAACCAAACCCAAAGAGAAGCACACCAAACCCAUCAAGGUAGUGUACAUAUCAAACCCCAUGAAGAUCAAGACCAGUGCUUCAGAGUUCAUGGCCCUGGUGCAAGAACUCACCGGCCAGGACGCUGAAUCGCCACCUGACCCUUCAAGAUUCAACUACGACGACCCUAAUCAGAUGGUGGAGAAGAUCAUUGACCAUGAUGAAAAUGAUCUUGUUGACCUCGUGGUGCCAGCUCCACCGUUGGAUCCUACUUAUCAAGGGCACAACUCUAACUCGUUUGAGAGUUUUGAGCCGUUUGAUGAUGUUGAUGAUGGUGUUUUCACUCCUCAGAUGCUGGAGAAUAUUUCAGCUCUGCUUCCCCCAACUGUUUUCUACGACCCUCAUGAGUGGUGAUGCUGAUGCUGAUUCUGAUUCUGAUGCUCAUGAUGCGCUUGCAGUGUACUGUAACUAUAAUUAGUUAUUCUCAAUCUGUAAGGUCGAGUUUCUUAGGCUUAUAACUGUUUUCAAUUGUUCAUUGCGGAUUAUUAAUAUGUCAGAUCCAUAUAUGUAUUGCUUGUUAAUUUGUAAGUAUUAAUUAAUUUUAUCAUUACUUUAUGCAA